ACAGGUUUGCUAGACAGUAGAGGAUUCAGAGAGAGAAAGACAGACUUUAGACUUCUGAACUUGUCGCUAACAACACGCCUGCCCCUCAGACAGAGGAAAAAGAAAGAGGCGAAAGAAGAAUGAGAGAGUUGAUUAUCUAGAAAGGGUGCGUAACUUCUCUGUGACUGUGGUGGGAUUGUGUGUUUGGGAGCCCGAACUUUCGGAUUCAGUCUGGAUGGGAAUUCCUGCUGUGCUUGUCAGAUGGGGAUUAUUCCAUGAACGGCUGGAUCUCGUUACUGAUAGCUGAUGGCGAUGACAGCCCUGUUCCGAAUGUGGGGACAUAAACCUCAAGUGGUCCAGACCAAACCUCAGGCGCCAGUGGCCCAUCUGCCCAGCGAGGAUGACGAUGAUGACGAUGAGACGUUACCCGGCAGAGCUCCUAUACGCAGGAAUUCACGGUUUUACCGUUCAAUGAGAAAGAAAAAGUUGCCGUCGUCUUCAGAACAACAAGAAAGCCCCUCCUCCUCUCCUAAACAAGCAAUGGACCCCGCCUCCUACAACAGGCUCAGCCCCUCUGCGGCAAAUCGACUUCCACACUCUCCCAGAAUGCAUCAUUCACCUUCUCGCUCUGGAAUGUCGUUGCCAAGCAACGGGAUUACUGUGCUGGGAGGAGUUCGCUCUCGGUCUCCGUUGGCGACGCCAGGAGGUUGGCCGCGUAGACAAGAAAUGGAAGAGCUGAGUGAACGGACAACAAGUGCCUGCACUAUGCAGGACAAUGACACCACUGCCGACCCUGACAACAUCACGCUCCGGCUGGUGAGGAAUGGUGACAGUCCGCAGAAGAUGGCAGUAGAGAACUCCUGCCGCAAUCUCAACAUUGUGAAGAGAGUUGAUGUUUUGUAUCAAGAGUACCGCGACACCUCUAAGCAGCAGGAGAUCGAGCAGCGUCGACAGAGAGAUGGGCUUCCGGCUGCAGGGUCAGGGGUCUCGGCUGCGCCUGCUUUACAGCUACAGCUGAGGAACAGCAUGCAUUCACUGAGCCUCUGGCAAAACCUGGAGGCUGUGAAGGACAGUGGACUACUGAAGACACUGGAGACAAAGGAGAUCAUACUGCAGGAGGCCAUGUUUGAACUGGUGACCUCUGAGGCGUCGUACUACAAAAGCCUGGAGCUGCUGGAGACCCACUUUCUACGAAACCCUCUGCUUGUCAACACCUUGAGUCAGUCUGACAUGCACUUCCUGUUCUCCAACAUUGAGGACAUCAUGAAGGCAAGCGAGAGGUUCCUCAUGGAUCUGGAACACAGGAUCGAAGAGUCCAUCCUGAUCUCAGACGUGUGCGACAUUGUUCAUAUUCACGCUGUUAACCACUUCCAAGUCUUCAUCAGCUACGUCAUCAACCAGGCGUACCAGGAGAAGAACUACAGACGGAUACUACAAGAAAAUGCUCUUUUUCGAGAGAAUAUUGCCAUUUUGGAGAAUCAGCCGAAAGUGAAGGGCCUCUCGUUUACCUCCUUCCUCAUCCUCCCCUUCCAGCGAAUCACGCGACUCAAACUACUUGUUCAGAAUAUUCUGAAGAAGGUGGAAGAAAAUUCCGAGAGCGAAAAGACUGCAAUAUUAGCUCAUCAAGAGUUGGAAAGGAUUGUGAAGGAGUGCAAUGAAGGAGUGAGGAAGAUGAGUCGCACUGAAGAGCUGAUCAGCAUCGAGAAAACACUUGAAUUCAAGUCGAAGUCGGUGCCGGUGAUUUCUCACUCUCGCUGGCUCCUGAAGAAGGGUGAGGUGCAGCAGAUGUCCGGACCCAAGAGCACCAGGACCAUGCGCAGCCGCAAGCUCUACCACCCGAUCUACCUGUUCCUGUUCAAUAACCUGCUGCUCAUCACCAAACGCAGCUCCAGUGGAGAGAAGUACCAGGUUCUGGACUCUUGCAGUCGCUCCAUGCUGAGGACUGAAGACCUGGAGGAUCAGGGUCAGAUGCUGGCCUGUGCGUUUGUGCUGAAACUGCUGGAGAACCAGGAGGACAGAGAAGUCAGCUACAUGCUCAAGUCUGAAAGCAUAAGUGAUAAACUGCGCUGGAUAUAUGCUUUGACUCCAAACCGACGUACGAGAUUCCUCUCAACCAGCACUCACCAACCAGAUUCUGCACAGGUUCAGUGCAUCCAGUCCUACUCCUCUCAGGAACCUGAUGAGCUCUCUGUAGAAAUGGCUGAUGUGCUGCACAUUCUGGAGUGCACAGAUGAUGGCUGGAUGUUGGGUGAAAGGUUGCAUGACGGCGAGCGAGGCUGGUUCCCCAUCCGCGUGGUGGAGAGGAUCAUGAGCGCAGAAGUUCGGGCUCAGAACCUUAAAGAGUGUCAGAGGAUCCAGCAGGCUCAGGAAGGAGCGCAGGGGGCCAGAGCCGCCUCCAGGGGGCGCCGCCCUGCCAAAAGUCCGCAGUACACUCCCACCUGGACCGACCUGUAGAUAAAGAACAAGAAACGACAUUGCAUAACCACCACAACCAUUCGUUCACCUAAUUCCUGACCCGGUAACCCGGAAGCAGCGCCCCCUAGAGGUCGCGGCGGACCAAUUGUCAUUCUGUGUCCAGUGUUUUAUUGAAUACAUGUCCGGCGUCACACUGAGGACUCGACAGGGUCAUGGAACAGCUCUUGCACUAUAAGCACUAAUGUUUUUGAAUCGCUGCUUCCAUACAGUCCUAACACGAUGUUAGCAUGAAGGAUUUCAACUUCCGCAAUCACACACGGGGACCACUUUUCUGACGCAGGCGCAAACGAGGUGAAGGACAACAAAUGCUACGUCAGGACAUGCUUCUCUGGAAAAGGAAUGUAUUAAUGUGCAUGGUCACACCUUACUGACAAUACAGGUUUGUGUUUUUAAACUAAACUCUGAGGACAAAGAGGAUGUACUGUACCGUAUGGAGCUCAUUCUCCUCGCAUCCACUUGAAGAACAAAACGAAAAUAAGAGAGAGAAAAAGAACAAAGUUAAUCAAAUGCACAGAUCAGGCAUUUUGAAUGCAAUUUUUUUUGGGAACAUGAAGGUAAAAACUGCAGAUGAAUAACACUGAGGUGUUUUUUGCACGUGCUGCAUGAACAUUAAACAAUGUUUUCCUACACAAAACACUACACACAAGAGAGUAAUGUUGUUAAAGCAGUCCAACAUCUGUGUCCUAACCAGAUGCAACAUGGUAACUUUCCAGCAUCAAGCCAUUUGUCCAUACUCAAAGUAAAAAUGCUCAGUGUUGUGGCUUAUUCAGGGCCAUUUCUAGCCAUUUUGACGCCCAGGAGAAAUCCCUAUAAUCAAGAUCGUUUAAAAGAUUACAUAACAAACUGAUUUUGUAAACACUCAAAUCUUAAAUAUCAACAUUAAUACACUUCUAAAUUAUAUAUAAUUUAUUUUCAGACUGCAGUUUCUUGUCACAUUCACAUUGGUUGUCAUAGUAACGACACUAAUGUGUGGUGAUUCCGCACAUUGUGAGUUCCACAAAUCUGAACGCAUUAUUUGUAAAUUGACUGUUAAGAUAUAAAUUUUGCACUAUUAAUCAUCUGUAAUACCACUGGAUGCCUGUAUAGCCCUAUAUAAAACAUAUAUAAACAGGUUUGUUAAUCCCUAAUUGCUAAGAAUUUUUCAUCACUCAAAAAUAAAUUUUUAUUACAUUUGGAUUUGGAUACAUAUUAUCAAUUGCCCCUUUCACACAUACAGUCUUUACUGGUAAAUAACCGGUAAAUUACCGUUAAGAGAUCAUGUGUGAACAGGACCUUUUCAAAAUUAUUAAGUUGUAACAUUAGCAGUAAAUUUUGUGGUCGCUGACAUCUCAUAGCUAGUUAGGUCAAAAAUAUCUAUUUACAGAGAAAUAGAUGCUUUUGUCACUUUAUUAUGUUGCAUCUGGUUAGACACGGUUUAACAAUCUUUCAAAGAGAGAAUGUAAUUUUCCUGAGAGACUAGUCUUGCUGCUCGGCUGGAGUAGGUGUUUUUAUAGUUGUGUGCAUGUUCAUAUGAACACCUCUCAUGUUCAAAGUGGUAAAGAGUUGUUGCCAAAUAAUUGUUCCAUUUCAUUUUGUAAAAAGAUAAUUUAUUGCUAAUGAAAAUAAAUUUGAAUGUUGAGAGCUUGUCAUCCCCGUCUCAACUCAUCUAAUAAAUGACAAAC